AUGUAUCGGAAGUUGUCUAAGUUAGAACACUCGGAAAUAAAACAACUUCUUACAGAAGCUAAUAUAGAUGUUGCAAAGCAUUACGCAACAAACAAAAAAGCACUCGCUGACAUCCUCAAUGACUAUAAUGGUGAAAUAACUUAUGAUAGAAUUCAUGAGUUCAUAAAGCCGCAACGCGGCGAGGACGAAGUCCAUGCAAGAGCAUUUCCUUUAAAUGACGUUGCUAUUGACUUAUAUCAUAGACGUUCAGUACCUCAUGAAGUAAGAAGAGAAAUGUUUGACAUAACAAAUGCGAACGUUGGUCAUACUCGUAAAGCUCUUUCGCAUGAUGUUCGUCAAGAGAUGUUUGACAUAACAAAUGCAAACGUUGGUGAAACAAGAAGAAGAGAGACGUUUAAGAGCGCUAUAGAACAAGUUCGCAAAGCUAACGAUGUCCUUCGUUCCAUUGACGACAAACCAAAAGAAGGUGAGAGAUGGUUAAAGAAAGAUGAAGAGAAUAGGAAGAGGAAUGUUAAGACAGGCAAUAGACUCAUUGACUUUAACAUCGAAGCUUUAGAUGAACCAAACAGAGACUACUUACACAAACAUUUCGGUAAGGUUUUCAUGAGACUCUUAGAGAAGAUUAAAAUAAACUCACAACAGAGAUGGAUGGUAUGUUAUAAACUUGGUGGAAAGUAUGAAUGUUCUACGUUAAACCUCAAUAAUAUUGGAACAUUACUACAUCAGCUCUUGAAGGAGAACUUUAUAUCAGAGAUAGAAGCAAAUGCUGCAGGUAUUGUUGAAAUGCACUAUGACUUCUUCUUGACAAACAUAAAGAAUCUUACUGAAAUAAAGAUGUAUGAUUUAACAGAAUAUGAAGGCUUAACGAUGUCAGAUGUAAAGAAAGGAAAGCCACAGAAGCGACCAUAUAGAGAUGAAAGCACACUGACAGAAAGACAGAAAAGAUUAUUGAACAGACUUAAACAAACAGGAGAUAAACAAGAUAUAGAUGACUUCUGGAAUGAAAUCCUUGGUGAAAAGAAGUUUUAUAAGAAGAGAAGCGGUCAGUUCUGGAA